GCAUUCCAAAUACCGACGUGACGUCAGAGCAGCAAGACGCUGGACGAAAGUCGCGAAAGGCCAGCGCGCGUCUCACAGAGGACUGUCGUUUGAGAUCCUGUCAUUCUCGACUUUUUAACUCAACGUUUGUGAUUUUAACUCACUCGGUGGUUUUACCAAUACUAGGUUUCGCUUCGAAGCCAUUUUACCUCAAAGUGUUUCAUGUAGCUCGCCUUUUGUUAACUCUCUUAGUCUUGAAUUGGCGGCUUGACCCUCGACAUGGAUAUUAGCUAGCUAAGCUAGUCACCAAGAAACCGAAAUAACGGCUCGUCAGAGGGUAUGUGUCCCAAUUUUAUCGCCUUUAAACGUCGUUUAUGUGCUUAGGGUCGAGAAGUCUGAGGCAAAUUUUCGCCUUGGGUGUUGCCAAAGAAGGACUGAAGUUCGGGAGAAGUAGCUAGUUGUUUUACGGAGGGAAGAAAGAGGUGGGAGAUGUUGACGAACGCGAACAGUCCGCCGAAGUUUCCGAACCAACAGCAGCAGCCACAACAGCAGCAGCAAAAUCCACCCCAAUUCAUGCAGGGGAAAUCUUCACUUCAGAUCAAGAAAAAUGCCAUAACCGACGACUACAAGGUCACUAGUCAGGUCCUGGGACUAGGCAUCAAUGGCAGGGUCCUGGAGAUCUUUCACAAGAGAAGUGGGGAUAAGUACGCUUUAAAGAUGCUUCAUGACUGUCCCAAAGCUAGACGAGAAGUUGAGCUACACUGGCGAGCUUCUUCAUGUACCCAUAUCGUCAGAAUUGUUGAUGUAUAUGAGAACCUAUAUCAAAACAGGAAGUGCCUUCUUAUUGUUAUGGAGUGCAUGGAUGGAGGUGAGCUGUUUAGUCGAAUUCAGGACAGAGGGGACCAGGCAUUCACUGAAAGAGAGGCUUCUGACAUUAUGAAGAGUAUAGGAGAGGCCAUUCAGUAUUUACAUGCUAUAAACAUUGCACACAGGGACGUCAAGCCAGAGAACCUGCUAUAUACCUCUAAAAGGCCCAAUGCCCUUCUCAAACUGACAGACUUUGGAUUUGCAAAGGAGACAACAACACACAACUCACUGGCCACACCUUGCUAUACUCCUUAUUACGUUGCCCCAGAGGUUCUUGGGCCAGAAAAGUAUGACAAGUCCUGUGACAUGUGGUCUUUGGGUGUCAUCAUGUAUAUUCUGCUAUGUGGUUACCCCCCAUUCUAUUCCAACCAUGGCCUAGCUAUAUCCCCUGGUAUGAAGAAACGAAUCCGUAUGGGACAGUAUGAGUUUCCAAACCCUGAAUGGUCUGAAGUUUCAGAGGAAGCCAAACAGCUUAUCAGAACGUUACUGAAAACUGAGCCGACACAAAGGAUGACCAUCACAGAGUUCAUGAACCAUCCCUGGAUCAAUCAAUCAAUGGAAGUACCACAGACGCCCUUACAUACCAGCCGUGUUCUGAAAGAAGAGAAAGACACUUGGGAAGAUGUCAAGGAGGAAAUGACAAGUGCCUUGGCAACAAUGAGAGUCGAUUACGAGCAAGUCAAAAUCAAGAGGAUCGAAGACUCCUCCAAUCCCCUGCUGAUGAAGAGGAGAAAGAAAGCCAACAACCUGCCUGCCGAAAACGAGACGCCUGCUUGCUAGGGACAUCUUUUUGUCAAACACGUACACGCAUUUAUACACAUACAUUCAGUUCACAGGAAGCAAUAACUCAAGAAAAAAUCAAAGUGAGAGAUUUAAAAAAAAACAUAUUUCUUUUUAAUUACUCACCAUUUGUAACUAACAAAAAAAAAAACUUCUGCUACCUAAAGAAAUGGGCUGUACAAUGAUGAUGACACAUGAAUUCAGAGUUCUGAAACAGCCGUUGUCCACUAGUUUGCUUUUUAAAGUUGUCACAAGUCCUGUUUUGUCACAUGGUGUUUCCUGGGGUAAUCGAAAUGCAUUUAUUUUUAAUCAGAAGCCAUUGGUACAUACAUUCGAGAGUUACACACUGUCUUUCUUUUUUGAGUUCACAAGAUAAGUUGUUGUGUGGCCUUCCUUCUGCUUAUGUUCUGAGAAGCCUAUGCAUUAUUCAUAGCCUUCAAAAUGUUCCUGUUCUUUUUUCGGUACAUCUAUCAAAGUCAUUUCCGCACCUGAAUGCUUUUAUUUUUUUAAUUUAGCUCCAAAAGACUGACAUAGUCAGUACUAGUGUCCAGAAAAUGUAUGUUCGAAAUGACUCUUUGAAUGUAGACGUGCUCUGUUCUCUACUGGGAAAAAGUCUGUCAGUAUCGUUCAGGGUCCUGUCAAGAAAAUACAAGAUCAUUUCGAUGCUUUAGAUUCAAUUUGCCUUAUUCAAAUUGAUUCCAGAGAAACAAAAGCACCUUCAUCGCCCUGUUUUUAGUAUUUGACAAGCCUUUCACUAUAUCCAACUAGCCAAUCCAGCAUAUUGUUUCAUGCUUAACAUUACGCUUAUUGCACACCAUUAGGUGAUUGAUGAUUUGCCUUGUAUCGAUUCUAUGCAUAUUUCUUUCCAGCUUGUUUUUCUUGGGUAUUUGUAAAGAAUGUUAGCACAUGCUCUCGCAUUUCAUUUUAAACAUAUAUAUACAAACCAUACCCAGUUAACACCCUUAAACCCAUAGUUAUUUUUUUAAAAGUUUAUAAAGAAUCAAUAUGAAUGGGUAAAGGGUGUUUUUUCGUCUGUGGGAUAUCCAUUUGGUUAGAAUCGACUGUGUACUCUUCAUCAUGCCAGUGUGUGUUCAUGUUGUGUCUAUGAUCAAUGCCUACCAUGCAGUAAUUGUUUGAAUGCACCUACUGGAAGCAGCUUGGAUAACCAGUUGUUACAUAUCCAGUUGACUGGUUUUAGCUGCUCUAAUGACCUAUGCUGAAAAGUUUUGUUUUAUUUUCUAUAUAGUCUUUUUUUAAUCUGUAUAUUCAUAUUUGUCGUGUGAUUGAUCCUCUUUUAACGGAUAUGAGAUGAUGCCCAAAGUGUUGAACGUACAGUAUACAGUUGAGGAUCAGCAGUUAUUAUGUAAACCAUUUCUGUGCCCCUCUUUUAUCAUCAUCAUCAUCAUUUUAGUCAAUCUGUAAACUUGACUUUUAUUUGAUGCUGCCACUGUGUUGGAUUUUUAUUUCCUCCUUUGCGUUAUUUUCCCAGUGCAGCGUGUCAUCCAAGUUGAAAACAGACUAGAAUUCACACAGAAUUUUAUACUAACAGGAAGAGGCAGAAAUGUGUCCUGUUUUAGUAUUUAACUGCUUUACUUAUGUCUUGGUCUGCUCCGACUUUGGAUUAAAACACCUUAAAACGCA